UGAGCAAACCCUCCAGCGCAGAAACGAUCUUUGGCGUAAGGCUCUGUGGCAACAUCAGCAGAUUAACAACAAGCAGCGGCAUUCUGCUGCUUAACAACUCAACGGAUGUGUGACUUGCUUCUCUGUCUGAGUCAGCCCAUCAAGGAGUGCUGUAUAGAGCCAGCUGGUCUGCAUUCAGCCCUGACGACAGCAGCAGCAGCAGCCCUUUGCCUGACCUGCUGAUGGAGCAUUAACCCCCCCUGAUGGAAACCCAGAGGAAAAGCUCUGGGGAUAACGGUGGGGGUGAGCGAGGCCUGCUUCACACCUGGAAGGGCUACUCUUGCAGUGUCACCCCAGAAAGGCUGCUCCUCUCCCGGCCUGUCCUUCAGGUCGCCCUGGGCACACGGCAUGGUGUUCUGCUGGUGGAAGGGGGGCAGGUGUACAGUUUUGGGGAGUUGCCAUGGAAGCAGAGUCAAGUGCCCGAGACAGAGAAACCCACCCUGGAGAGCGCGCUCAGCGGCCAGCAGGUGGUCGCUGUUGCAGCUGGAAGCUUCCACAGCGGCGCGGUGACAGAGGACGGUGGUGUCCACAUGUGGGGGGACAACAACUCGGGUCAGUGCGGCUUGUCGGGCCUCAUCACCGUCCCCAACCCGACUCCCGUCGCUCUGGUGGACUCCGCCGCCAGCCCCCCACAGACUGUCUCAGUCUGGGAGCUGGCCUGCGGGGAGCAGCACACCCUGGCGCUGUCGGCCCAGCGGGAGGUGUGGGCGUGGGGCAGCGGUUGCCAGCUGGGCCUCAAUGCCACAGUCUUCCCUGUCUGGAAACCACAAAAGGUUGAGCAUUUAGCGGGCAGGUAUGUAUUACAGGUGGCCUGUGGGGCUUCACACAGUCUGGCUCUGGUGCGUUGCUUGGGCCCUCAGGACAUCCACCGGGCACCUGUGGACAAAUGCAGACAGUGUAACCAGCUACUUUACACCAUGACGGACAAAGAGGACCAUGUCAUCAUCUCUGAUGGUCACUACUGCCCCCUUGGUGUAGAGCUCGCCGUGGAUGAGGACGUGCUGGAGGCGCCUGCUUCCACACAAGGUCUCAAAACGUCCCCGUCUGAGCCAGUCCUACCCUCCCAUACCGCCACUUUAAACUCAGCAUCCUCAGCACCUGCUGAAGGUGCUGACCCCUCCUCAGACAUCACACACCAUCAGGACCUGGAGACAGAGGAAUCGGCCUUGGCUAACGGAGCGCUGCCAGCCUCAGACCCGGACCCCUCGGCUCACUCUGAAGGUGGUGGUGUUUUGGAGGUCAAGAGCUCACCCUAUCCAGAUGAGCAGGCUGUCAAAGACUACCUGAAGAAACUGUCAGACAGCACCCAGGUUGAGCAGCCGGUUAAGGGGACUGCUGGAGGACCGCACACUCUGCUGCCCUCAGCAGGAGGGCUCACCGCCUCCACCCCCGGCUCCACGCUCAACAGCCUGGUGGCCUCCUGCGCUUCUGCAGUGGGCGAACGGGUCGCCUCCACCUAUGAGGCGUUGUCCCUCAAAAAGAUGAUGAACUUGUACCUGCCCUCGGGGGUGUCAAGGUCAGGUGGGCCGGCAGGGCUUACGGGUGUUGUCCCGGGAGUGGCUGAGACCACCACAGAGCGUGUCCGCCAGGAGGACUCCACGCAGGCCAAGAAGAGCUGCAGCACAGGGGACAUCCGCGAGGAGGAGGCUGAGGAUCUGCGGCGGCGCCUCUCGCUCCCGGGACUCCUCUCACAGGGUAGAUACGCUGUUCAACUCUUAUCCUCCUCCUAUACCCUGCUGCUGUCCCCACGGCUGCUGAAGAAAGUUGGCCACCCGAGGAUGCGUGCAGUCGCCCUCACCCCGAUAGGAGGGGCGGUUGCCGAGGCCCAGGAGGCUUUUCCCACCCUGCAGACGGAGGUGUGGAGUUGGGGCCGUUGCGAGCACGGACAGCUGGGACAUGGAGACACUCUGGACAGAUUACAGCCGCUGUGCAUCAAGAGUCUGAACAAUAAGGAGGUGGUGCUGGUGGCGGCCGGCGCUCAUCAUUCCCUCGCUCUGACUGCUCAGUCUCAGGUGUUUUCAUGGGGAAGUAACAGCUCUGGUCAGCUUGGACACAUGGAGUCACCCAGCACCGUCCCCCGCCUUGCAAAGCUAUCGGAGGGGAUCCGGGUCUGGGAUGUAAGUGCCGGAGAGAGACACACCCUCCUGCUCGCAGACGGAGACUGCAUCCAGCCCAUCAUUUAUUACAGCGGACAGCAGGUGAAAGAGGGGGCAGAAGAGAGCCAGCUGGGUCAGCAGGAGGAAGAGGAGCAGUGGGCUGGCGGCUACACCCAGCAGCCUGUACUACUGCCCUUCUGCAUGAACCUGCGUUAUGUGAGCAGUGUGUUUGCGGGGGGACAGCGGUGCGUGGCGCUCUCGGACCAGAACGUGAUGGGCUUCAUCGCCAGCCUCCAUGAGCUGGCGUCAGCCGAGAGAAAGUUCUACUGCAAGCUUUGUAACGUCAAGACACAGAUCAUACGCCCCCUGCUGGAGCUGGAGUCUCUGAAUUCGGCCCUCAGCCCAGUGGCCCUCGGUCUCCUGCAGACUCUGGCAGGCCAAUUCAGUCUCUUGUGUCAUCUAACUGGGCAGCACGCCGCCAGCCUCACCGCAAACCUGCGCCGCGGCCGCAAUGUCAAGAGCCUGCUCAUCCUCGACUAUGCCAGCAUCUUCCUCGACUCUCACCAUGAGUACUGCAGCGCUGUGGGCAACUUCCAUGUAAUGGGAGGUUUCCAGACCCUGAUCAAACCCUCUCUAGAUUUCUUUGGGAAGAGUGCUGAGCUGCUUCAGAAGCUGUCUGAGUGCAGCGAGGAGAACCUUACCAUGGCGGACCUCCUGGUGGCACUCUUCUAUCUCCCAACUCCCCACCUUCAUGAAUACAGCCGGUUGCUGCUCAAACUGGCCACCUGCUUUGAAGUGUGCUCCAAUGAGUACCAGAGGCUGCAGGACAGCUGCUCAAAGUUCGAAGCGUUGGCCCUCCAGCUGAAGAGAAAAAGGAAGGACGCCAACUACACCUUUCAUUUCUGGAAGAGCUUCCCUGGCAAAAUGACGGACUCGCUGAGGAAGCCUCACCGCCGGCUGAUCUGCGAGAGCAGUAACAAAGCUCUGACCCUGCAGAACGCCGGGAGGUUUUCCGUCAACUGGUUCAUCCUUUUCAACGACGCUUUGGUCCAUGCCCAGUUCUCCACACAUCACAUCUUCCCUUUGGCCACACUUUGGGUGGAGCCAAUCCCAGAGGAGAACACUGGCCUAUAUGGGUUAAAGGUCAUUGCACCAGAGGAGACAUUCACCCUUCUGGCAUCCUCUCCCAUGGAGAAGGCCAAGUGGCUUUGCUCCAUCAACCAGGCGGUAGACCAGGCCCUGAGUGGGGCGGGGCAGGACACGGCAUCAGUCAGCUCAGGGUCGGGGCAGAAGUUAGAGCCUCCAAUCUCCAGGAUGGCCUCUUACACCUUUUAUAAGGACGGACGGCUGAAAGAUGCAACAUAUGAAGGACGCUGGCUUGCCGGGAAGCCAAACGGCAGGGGAGUGUUAAAAUGGUCUGAUGGGAGGAUAUAUACAGGGACGUUCAAGAAUGGACUGGAGGAUGGCUUUGGUGAAUUUGAUGCUCCCAAUAAGACCCUCAACAAGAGCGAUCACUAUCAAGGUCACUGGAAAGAAGGCAAGAUGCACGGCCUGGGGACAUACAG